GCAGAGUAUCUUGAACGUUUGCAUCGCUAUAUUUCGUGCAAGGACGUCAGACGAGCCGAAAUUUAUGGAAAAUCGGGUCCCGGAUUCCCGCGUGCGAUUUAUAUCACGAGGAGCGCGGACUAUCGAGAGGUGGCCUUCGUUACCUUCGUCGACCUCUGCAUCGAGACAUCGACCUACUCUCGUGGCGCUUGAUGGCGCGAGCUUGCGCCGUUCAAGCUCUCUCCCACUUUGCGCCCGAUAAAACGCUCUAAGGCUUUUCACCCUGCGCGAUAUCCCUCUUGUUUCCCUCGGAAACCAAGGCGAUAUUUUACAGUCGCGACGCGAGCGGCCGGUGAAAAAUGCACAGGGCGGUACACCGCGGAGAACAAUCAAUAAGAGGCGAAAUGCGAGUUUCCAGUGGCACGCGCGAACCGCAACGGUGCAACGCGCGAUACGCCGGCGAUGCUGUCGAAACGCGAGAAAAUCAGGUAAGAGGGCACACGCACUAGGGCGCGCAACGCGCACGACGCUCCUCUCUAUCGCGCCGAAUUACGCGGUGCGCUUCUCGCGUUGCGAAAAAGCCGAUCUGACGCGCGAGGCUCUACCGAGCAUGCUCGUAAACUUUGGGAUCCUGACAGUGAUUUUAAUUUGUUAUGAUCGUAAUAAUGUUACGAGGCUAAUGCUAUAUAACGUUAGCAACACCGUCGAGCUUUCCCGCGUUCUCAGUUGAACCACGAACACCGGAGAUGUUAUAAAUAAUAUUGACGGACAAGAUUCAAUCGUUAAAUUCCCUUUAAUCCUUUUAAUGGAAUAUUUGCGUGAUCUCUCUCUCUCUCUCUCUCUCUCUCUCUCUCGUAUAUUAUCUGAUGUAUUAUUUCUACGUGUUCAGACAUACAGUAAUUAAAUUUGUAUUAUUUGUUUUGAGUGUAAAAUAAAAUAAAGAAUCGGAAUUUUUAUAUUAAUUUAGAAUAAAUAUCUCUGUUCUUUCUGAAACGAUUAAUUAUAUAUCCAAUAAUUAAAUUUGUAUUAUUUAUUUCGACGAAAAUCAGAAUUUUUAUAUAAACUUGUAAUAAAUACUUUGAUAUAGUUAAUUGUAAAGAUAAAAUUGUGCGCGAGAUCAUUAGUAAAAUAUUUAAAAAAUUUGUAUGAUUAUAAUUAUAUAUUAUAUAUAGUUGAUUCACUUGACUAAGCGUAUUUACUAAAGGCGCCGUAAAUAGCAAUUUUCAACCAGAAUUGUCCUGAGUUAUUAUGCGAAAGAAUGCCUGUAUUAUUUCUUGUCCUUGAAGUAUCCCCCGAAAUUGAUUUUCCGAGACGUAAUAAUAAAAGGCAACAGCGCGAAUAGGUACCGGUGGCACCACACUCUAGUCGUGUAUCUAGUCCGACGUUAUCGCCACGUGGCACAUUAAAUUACCGAUUCCGCACUCGUAAUCUCGUUUUUAGUGCUUCAGAAGUAUAUGUUACACGUAUUUUUUACGAGGAGAAGAAAGAUUUGUUCACUUAUAUUCCGGUGCGAUGACUGAUAACACGCGACACGACGAAGAGUAUUAGAUGUAACUUCAAGAAAGAAUGUAUACCAGUAAUAUCGAGAUGAACAAAAAGAAGUUUUGCGAUGCCUCUUCUACGAUUCGAAACGCUGCGAACGAAAAAUUUUGUGAAGGUGCGAAAAAUCUUGCUUCCUUCAAGAAAUUAUCGUCGAAAAUGUCCAGGUUUCAACCGAAUUCUAUGUUUCGGACUUUGCCCAUACAUAUUCCGGUCGACGCGCGGCGAGAGUAUCUGAACAACGACGCCGUGAUCGCGGGUGUCGCAGCUCCCGACUAUCGACCACGGAUGCAGGCCCGCCAUGGUCAAGGCGCAGCCGCGGCCCAGGCGCGGUCGCCGCGAUCAAAGCUGUCAGAUUUCUUCCAUCUCUGGGUCAACAACAUCCGACUGCUCUACUCCUGGAGCAAUCUAGAAGACCUGCCGCCACAAGCGUUGCCCAGCACGAUGGGUAAUCUACAAAGCGACAGCAAGAAGAAGCAAAAGAAGAAGGAGGCCGCCCCGCCAGUGCCGACGUCUACGUCCACGUCAACGGACGUCGAGCUCGAGACGACCGAGGACCAACCUCCGAAGAAGGAGAAGCGAGACCAACCGCCGAAAGUUCCGGAAAGACGCGAUGAACCUCGCGAGCCGACCAAGAUUAGCUUCGAGAAGGUGCACACGCCGGGCAAGAGACAGGCGCCACCACCACCACCAGCACCGAUAUUGGUGUUACCUCAAAUACCCAAGGACACGCAGGAAAGUGUAGAGCCUGAAUGUCGCAAGGAUACUGCAACAACAACGAAGCCAUGCGUGACAACGACGGAGUCUUUCCGCUCAAGUACCACGAUGUCAACGACGACACCGGCUCAGACCCCGACGACGCCACAAACGAUCCAGCUGCCUCCACUGCUGGUGACCGAUUCGUGGCGCUUAGCUAACAAGGGCCUGGUCGUUACGGAAAUGCCGACGCCACCCAGCCAGGAAUCCUCGAGCGACAGUGUCUUCACCGAUCCCGGCGAGCUCACCAUGAGUCCGGUCACGGCUACCACGAGACCGGAAGUGGUGAAGCGUAAACCGAACUUGGAGACGAUCGACAGCAAGGGAGAGAAGGCUCCGUUUACGAUCACAAAGCACAAGAAAAUCCAUCUCGCGGUGAUGAGUCCCCGAGGCGUAACGUCGAGCGAGAAGAAGGUGACAUCGGAAAUGAGUCCGAGAACUCCACAAAGGCGACACAGCGUCUGCAACAUAGAGUUUCCGCCGACACGCAAACUCAGAAUGCUCAGAAGAGUGGCUAGCUUGACUCUGGAUCGAAAUAGUGCUAAGAAAAGAAGAAGUUCCAAAAGUUUUACCUGCCAGAAAACGGAUCGCCACAAGCAAUUCGAAGAACGAGAACUGCCAAUCUCUCUAACGUCUGCGUUACCAGAUAAAGACGCGAGGAAGAACUUUACGUCCCUGAUAGAUCGGACAGGCACCUGUGCACUGGCAGAUGAAUUUCAGUCAACUCGAACUAAAUCAAGCCCAGUUUGCUGUGAACAUCUCAUGCUUAAAGAUACACAUUUGUACGAAGAAGAGGUGAAGAAGCUGAAAGAUGAGAUCAAACGAUUGCGCGAGAUAUCGAUAGACCGACAAGUAAACACCAAGGUUCAGUCUACUCAGACCUCACCGAGAAGCUUAUCACCUGUUGAUGGAAAUGCCAGUGAAACGAACAGAAGUGACACAAAUUUCGAUCAAGACAAGAUGACUCUCGUACUUUCCUCAAUGUCGAUCGACAAGGUCGAUCGGUCGUGCUUAUCGCACAGCAAUCAAGCAAAUGCGCCUAAUGGAAAUCUGGCGUCGUAUCCACCUCCAUUACCACUGGAGGUAUUCUCGAAAAAUACAUCUACCUUGAUAACGACGUCUUUUAUCCCACCGCCUCCGCCGCCGCCGUCUCCGUUCACGAUUGCCACCGAUUCGGUAGUAUGUGACGGCAAAAGGACAGUUUCAUCAUUGUCGACAAAAUUGACGGACGUUUCCGGAAUACCGACACCACCAUCGUGUCCUGCAGCCAUGUCGACGCAAAGUACUCUGAGUACAUUUCCAUCUCCGCCGCCUGCUCCGUCUCCGCCACCAUCCACACCGAUGUCGCGUACCACGAGUACGAUGAUACCUAUUCCUCCACCUCCACCUAUGCAAGCUAUCAUAGACGCGAUACCUCCGCCGUCUCCUCUACAAAACAUGAUACCUCCACCGCCUCCGCCGCCACUUCCUCCCUCAUUUUUGCUCGAACCAGUGUACAGCGUUGAGAGUGGUAUACCCCCUCCGCCGCCGCCACCAAGUGCAACGUGCGAAAUGUCUUCGACUACGAAAAUGACCGUACCUCCGCCACCGCCUCCUCCACCUACGCCAAUGUUAAACACGUGCGGGAUACCACCGCCGCCGCCUCCACCACCACCACCACCACCAUCACUAGCAGGUGAUACUAGCGCAAUACCGCCACCGCCGCCUCCGUUACCUGGAAUGAAUUCUACAACUGGUCCACCACCGCCGCCACCGCUACCAGGUAUGCAGGGUGGCAUACCUCCACCACCUCCACCUCCUAUCGGAGGUUCAGGUGCAGGUCCUCCACCACCGCCUAUGGCACCGCCGCCACCCCCAGGGGCAGCAGGACCUUGUCCUCUACCUGCCCCACCGGUUGGAGGCUGGAACCCGCCUAGUAGAGCUAUUAUGAGAAAGCAAGCUUUAAAUCCUGAUGUGCCUAUGAAACCACUUUACUGGACGAGGAUUUUGGUACCAGUUACUGCGACCAGUCAAACUUCAGUAGACUCUUCAGAUUUGUCACCCCAGGCGCCCCUGUGGUUGGAACUUACGGAGGAAGAGAAUAUAAAUAUGAAAGAGUUCGCUGAUUUAUUUUCGCGACAGGUGAGAGAGAGGAAUCUGACCAAGUCAAACGAGGGAACGCCCAAAAAAAGUUCAAAGAUCCAACCUGCGAAAAUAUUGGACCCAAAGCGUUCAAAAAUGGUUGGAAUUCUUGAAAAAAGUCUGCACAUUGAUUUUAGCGAGAUCGAGAAUGCGGCCUAUAACUUAGAUACGAGCGUGAUCAGUCUGGAAGCGUUGCAGCAGAUAUACGAAAUCAAACCAACGCAAAAGGAAAUAGAAGAAAUUGCAACUCACGAAGCAAUGUAUCCGGACGUUCCUCUCGAUCAACCUGAAUUAUUUCUUAAACGACUGUCCGGCAUAAAUCACUUCUCCGAAAGGAUAGCCUGCCUGAUGCUGCAGUCGGAAUUUCAAGACGCGAUAUCGUCGGUCUCGUAUAAAUUGAACAACGUGCGAACUACUUGCGACUUUCUGCUCAAUUCCGAGCCUUUGAAGAAAGUGAUGGCCAUCAUCCUGACUUUGGGCAAUUACAUGAAUGGCGGAAAUAUGUUGCGCGGCCAGGCCGACGGUUUUGGUCUGGAGAUUCUCGGCAAACUGAAGGACGUGAAGUCUAACGUACCUGGCAUCACCCUGUUACACUACGUUGUCAAUGCGAAAUUGUCCCAGGAAAAGGGCCAUAACUUCGAAGAGCUCUUGCCUUUACCUGUGCCUGAACCGGCUGACGUAGAAGCCGCCUCCACGAUCAAGUUUGACGACAUUAAUAAGGAACUUGAUAGACUGGACAAGGAAUUACGGGCAUGCGCACAAAUGUGCAUUACAAUCGUGGAAGCGGAUCCAUCUAUGUCCAAAAUAUUCAAGAAGAAAGUAGACUCGUUUGUAAAAAAGGCGAAAACCGAUUUAGCGAGUGAAAAAGAAGAGUUCCUGGAAGCUAAAAACAAAUUCAAAGCUGUGAUGAAAUUCUAUCAGUUUGUUCCCAAAGGCUCAACCCUGGAAACUGCGGAACCUUAUGACUUCUUCAAUUUGUGGCUUAGUUUCUGUAGAGACUUUAAGGAUAUCUGGAAGAGGGAACAGCAGCGAAUACGAAAGGAACGAAUCGAGGAAAUUCGCAAAAAGUAUAACAAAUCCGAAGUCGUAAGAGUAAAAUUAAAUCCACAUGGAUUAAAAGCAAAAUUACAAAAACUUACGCAUAAAAAGCACACUCAAAGAUAGUCUUAUCGAAAUAUUCAAAAAUUAAUAAUUUGUAGGCCAACUAACAGUUUAUACGUAUAUUCGCGAUACGUAUAUUCACAAUAAUUCUGAAUUUCAUAAAUAUUCCCUUUAAUGUUCUGGUUAUUCAAAGGGAACUUAAGUGUAUAUUAAUUUUUAAUUCAUAUUCAUUCAUUAUUUUCGAGUCGAAUUGAAAACGAUGAAACUGUGAAAUAUAAAUUUUAUAUAGUUCUAAAACAGAAUAGGCUGUUUUGUGUAAAACUGUUACAAUUGUUGUUAUAUAGAAGUUUUGAAAAAUCUAUUUGUUUCGCGCACAAAAAUUUAUUAUGAACUUUGCAUGUAAAAUCAUGCAAAAUACGAAAAAUUGCUUCUCGGAGAUAAAUCUCGAAUUGCUCAAAAAUAACAGAAAUAAUUUUUAAUUUUAUUCUAAUUAAUUAUUAUACAGAAAUAUUGAAAAUACUCAAAAUUUACGCAACGAAAUAUGAUCGAUUUUGAUCCAAGUAUGAUACGAAUUGCCGAUCACAAAACGUCCUUAAGUAUCCAAUCGAUAAGACUUUACGCUAUAUCCAGUUGUAGUUGUUACAGACUGAAAUGUUAACAGUGCACAUAAAACGAUAAUGUACACUUAAGUAGACACAUUCAUAAAAAUUCAUUAAUCGUUAAUACCAUAUUAAAUAAAAGUGAUUGAUAGUCUGAUAACAACUUUACGGGUAUUAUUUAUGAUCGUACUUCAAUUUCUAUAAUGUUCUGAGCAAUUUAGCAAAGUACAUCGGAAAAUGAUGUUCAGUAAAAAAAGGCUAUAAACAAUAUUUGUUCUUUUUAGCUGCACUUUCUUACAUUAUUUGUAUUUAAUACAAAACAAAAAUGAUGCAAAAUUCUAACAAAACUGUAAGAAAUUGCAGAGAAAGAAACUAAAAAGAAUAAGACCUGUAAACGUCCAUGAUGAUUCUAGAAAAGAGAAGCCUUAUGUCUCUUUAUACUACGUAUUUAUUUCAUCAAUUUUCAUUUCUUUGCGCUUCGAACAAUUUCGGAGAAAAAAAUAUCGUUUGUGAUCAUUAUUGUUAAUCGUCGUUAAGUAUUUAUUUAUUUAUUUAUUUUUUGAGAUUAAUUUAUACUAGAUUGUCAUGGAUUAAUAAAUAUCAAUGUACAUAAAACGUUAAUUAUACGAAUUAUUGAUGUUAUUUAAUAAAAAUUCUUUAUACAAAGUACAAUAGAAAA